AUGUCCUGCUCGGUCGAGUUCGGACUCUACGCUGUUGAUUUCGGCUUCUUGAAUGAAACAAAACGUCAGACGAAUUCACACGUGCUCCCUUUGUGCUGUUCGACAGGUGGGAGAAAUAACCAGCAUCCCGGGAACGACAAACUUCGUCUUAUGGCAAAGCACUGCACUCGCGUGUACCACGUCGCGCAAAAGAAGCAGAAGGCGGCGAUCGCGAAACUUCUCGUAAAACAAAUACACAACCUUUGUCCGUCGGGACGCUUUCUAAAGCAGGAAUAUAGGGAAUGGCGAAUAGUUUCGGAGAGCGUAGCUCGAGAAAAGGCAUGCCAGUGCCUUCGCGACGCUAUUGCGGUUAUGAGAAACGAAGUGGUAAGUUCACCACUAAGCAAGUAUUGCCAAAGCCACAGCAAAAUUCGUGCUCCUCUUGAGGACAAGACUUAUCUAGUAAAAGAGGGGCAUUUUCACACAAAUGGAGGGGCCGCGCUUUCUAUGACUACGAAGCCACUAAAUUGUGUCGCUGACACUCCUACCCCCGUUUGUUUGGAGCAGGGAAAUGGACCUAGCAUGCCAUUUCGUGCCGUUCCAGCCCCCCAGCUGUAUCAGGCGACAAAGACGAGUUUCAUGGACACUCAACUAUCAAAUUACAAGAAUCAUCAGGAAACAGUGAAAUGGUCUCGUUCUAUGGAACUUCGAACAAUUGCGGGCUCUCCAAUAACAGGCAAAGUAAACAGCCGAAACCGUGCAACAAAGGAAUUGCGCGCAUCGCUCUCGAACCACAUUCCGCCACCCUCCAACCCGUCCAAUACAUUUUGCUCCAACAAAUUCCAGAAUAUAGAGCCGAUCCCUCUCAGUCCACGCUCCAACUGCUGUGCCAGUCACUUUCCCAAGUCCUCGGAUACUCCAAAUUACGAAAGGUAUACCGGAGAAGCUGGCACCUGCGCUUACACAGUAUUGGACACGACUGUUUUUGAUGUAGAACGGCUUCCGGCCUAUCUAGAUCCCCACAAGUCGUCAUAUUUCUACCGAAAAUAA